UACCACUGUACCUCAUGCAUUGACCAAUUCGCUCUGGUCAAAUCAACAAGAUUCAACCUUGAUCGCUAGGAUCGACCUGUACCGAACCCAGCCUGCACGCUUGCCAAGCGCAUUUGCAUUGGCCAACCUUGGAGUAGAAGAUGUCGGCAAGAGGAGCUCGCAGUCGGAAAGUCCAGCAGAAAGAUAUUCAGAAGAAAGAAAAGAAAGUCGCAGUACAGGGAAAAGCUCCAGAGAUACACGAUACCUUUGCCGACUGGCGAGCUACGCCGAGUAGCAACGGAUCCCGAAAUACUGGACUCUCCCGGUCCGUUAGCAACCUAAGUCAUGGAACUUCGCACAGCAGUGGGACAAACGGCAGUGGCAACCGACAAUAUCUGAACACUGUCUACUCAUACGAAUCAUCAAGUCAUGGCAGGACGCCAAAGAGCUCUGCAAGCGGCGCAGCUUCGGUCUCAGACCACUCAGCCAAAGGCAAAGAGAAGACGAAGUUCCAGGCAAACGGGAAAGAAACGAAGGCGCCUCGAGGGCGAGGCGGAGGAGUUCCAAUCAAAAUGACAAUCGUGCCAUCACCUGCGCCUCCGCCGUCUCGAACCGAGUCACCUGCUCCACAUCUUCCAAGCCACAGAAAGCUUUGGCUGGACUUCAAGAUCUGGGACGGUAGCAAAGAAGAGAUGCGCCCCUACGGUGGCUUUGCCUUCGAUGAAGAUAUGCACAAUGGUAGCGUGUUGAUCUACUUCAAGGAGGAGCAACUGGACGAGGAUCAUCCGGUGCCUUCAAUACGCGCCGAACUGGAUGUCCUUCAGGGCUCAGGGUCAAGUUGGUUGACUAAUGCGCUUAUGAUGGGCCGUCUCGACGAAGACGAGGAUGACUGGGCAUUAACAGCCGCUGAUGAGUUCAUGAUGCCAUCACAGCAGUACGCGCACGAAGCGAGGAUGCUUGGUCCAACUGCACUCAGUGGGAUGUCACCGCCGCCGCUAGACAUAGACCGUGUUUCUUCGAGAGCAGCGUCCAGAGAUACCUCUCGAACUCCGCAAAAUCAGGCAAUCGGCAGGGAGCGCUCACCAUCGUCAACCCUCCUUCGGCAAAACAAUCAACGCAACCCUACACAUGAAAUCUGGUUCACAGCCCCAUCAGAGCUCAGGACCGUACAAGCACAACGACUACAUCACGUCGCCAUUAGAAACUUCCUUGCAAUUCUACAUGGCAAGCCAAUCGUAGGUGCUGACGCGUUCGACAUGCUCAGCACCCUCCAAAUGCAGAUACAAGUCAUGUACGAUCUUGACACCGGCAACCAAUCACCUACCACACCGGCAGAGCGCAGUGUGCAAAUGAUCACCAACUAUCUAGGAAAGUACGAGAUCGACAAUGUGCGCAAUGAUAUCAAGCAUGCAUUGGCACUUCUGGCAUGGGCGGAACAGGAUAGUGUGAGAUGGUGGCAGGGGUAUCUGGAAUGCUUCACACACCUUGCCGGAUCAAUAACACCACAGAUUGAAGAAACCUCGGAAUUCAAGCGGCUUUCGAUCGUGACAAGACGGAACCUUGGAAUCGCUGCAAAGACUUUACAACUCCGGGUCAUGGAAGCGGAGGAGAAAUUGGCCAAUUUCGACUUUGCUGAUCUAUGGAACGACAAUCCGAAGCUCAUAAAUGGUCCUGUUCACCAAAGCUAUCAAGCUUUCCGGCAGUUCCUGGUCAACCAUUAUGGACACAUCUACGGCACCUGGCCGCCGCCUUCACAAAGUACCUGGCUCAAUCGCAAGACCGUCCUCGCAAUGCAGAACGACUUUGGGUCUCUAUACGACUACCUCGUGAACCGCGACGUGUACUGGAACCCACGAGAAGAGCGCGCAAGCAGGAAGUGGGAGAUGCAACAUCGGAAGACCGAUGAGUUUGAAGCAGAUCUGCCGGAGCUUGGUAUGACCGACAUGCUUGUGAUGUAUGACGCAAAAGCUGGAUACGCACACAUACCGCAUCCUUAUCCGUUACUGCCACGAGAAGUCUCGAAGUCUGCGAAGGAGAAAGAGAGGAAACGCUUUUUCUCGUCGCUGAAGAAGGACAAAACGAAAGAUGUGACAAAAGAUGCCAAAGCACAUCUACAACUAUCGAUUGUAUUUAGCGACGCUACGAACAUCGAUAAGCUGGAUGUGAACUUCAAUGGGUCUACAUUGAUUGACAAAUUCGAGCGAUUCGAGCUCACCACCGACCUCAAGAAUAUCACACUACGCGAAGCCCGUCUCGGCCGCUGGGUCCUCCUCUACGGUAUCCUGCAAGUCCUCUCCACCCUCUCCGUCGACGUCCAAGGGCUCAAGCACACCGAAGGCGUGCGCUACUUCCUUUGCACCGACCUCAAGCGCUGCCCCGAAUGGGUAACAAACGGCCAAACCGACUUCUUCGAAGCCAGCCAACAACGCUCCUGGUGCUGGCAGCGCGCCUGGGAUCCAACACCUAUCCGCAAUGCGCCUGUCGAGCUCGAAGCUACGAGCUCUCCAGACCGACAUGUCGCACCACAGGAACGCUCUCGUUCCAACACGCAGACACGCAACGCCGAAAACACACCUGCCAACACCCCGCCGCCACAACGCCCGCUCCCGCCAGCCCCGCUAGACUUUGAAGGCGCAACACUAAUGCAGAACGACAUCGCACGUAUCAGCGAAAAAAUCGACACGCUCUCUGUGUCGCACAACGCGUCGCGCAUGUUACGCCAGGAGUACGAGCGCCGCCGCGAAAACGAGAAAGUGAUGGCUGGAGAAUUCAAGUCCCCACGCAUCAACGAUGUAGGAGUGGAUUACAGACAUCUGCGCACGGACGAAUCAUACCGUCUUGCUGAGAGCGAGUACGCGAACCGUCCUCUACCGCCGGUAUCAGGCGAGCGGGAGCUAUAUGCCAACAGACCGCUUCCGCCGCCGAGCAGUCCGCUCAGGAGUCCGGUGUUGAGUGGUGUUGGUACGGAUCUAGGGGGUUAUCCGUUCAGUGCUGCGGAGAUGGGGUUCCCGUCGCCUCCUAGGUAUAAAGUAGGAGCGAGGGAGAGAAGUGGGAGUAGACCGCCGGGAUAUGGAAGUGAGGUUCUGGUUGGGCUGGGGAGGGAGAGGAGUGCGACUAAGCCGCCUGGGUAUGAAGAGAGAGGAGCGAGGAGGGAGAGGGGCGUGUAUGAGAGGAGAGGGUGACAGUGAACAGAUUGUGCCCUGGAGCAAGGAAACUUGUGGUCGUCUCGAAGAAGAUUGGAGUGUCAGCGGUAAUCGGUAAAAAAAAAAAGUUGCCGGCAUUCUGUGAGCCAGUAAGGCGUUCUUGACGUUCAACAACCAGAUCUCGCGUUCAUGUAUGUAUUAGCAUUACUCUUCU